AUGAACAAGGUCCUGAUCCCGGUGAUCCUGUGCAGCUGCGCCUGUCUGCUGGCAAAUGCGGCGCCCACUUCAGAGGUGUCCAGAGACAGCCUCGUUCCGGUUGCGGAGGGUCGGUUGGAGGACAACGACGAUAGCGACCUGCAAGUGGCGGAAGCGGCCCAUUACGGAUACGGCGGAGGGUUUGGACACGGCGGUGGAUUCGGGCACGGUUUCGGCGGCGGAUUCGGGUUCCGCAAGUUCGGUGGAUUCGGUGGAGGCGGCUUUGGACAUCACGGCGGCUUCGGCGGAGGGCACGGUGGGUUCGGUGGAUUUGGUGGCCACGGGCUGGGCGGGUUCGGCGGCGGCGGCGGUGGGUUCAUCGUUGGCGGUGGAUUUAUCAAGGGCGGCGGAUUCUAUGGCAAGAAGCGAUAG